AUGGACACAUGGGACACUGCAGCUGACCGACACCCUGGUGCCUUCCUCCUGUCCCCCCUGGACGUGCCCGACUUCACUGCUGUGGCCUACGUGGACGACCAGCUACUUCUGCACUACAACAGCAAGACACAGAGAGAGGAGCCGCGCGGGGACUGGGUGCAGGGGGCCGUCAGCCCACACUUCUGGGACAAGGAAACCAGGGCCUUGCGGCGCUGGCAGGAGGGAUUUGACACAAACCUGGCCACCCUGUGGUAUCGCUACAACCAGAUGGGCGGUGAGUGUGAGCAGCCAGGUGGCUGGAUCUGUGUUUCAGGGUCUCGCACUCUCCAGCUCACGUACAGCUGUGAGCUCCAUGAAGACAACAGCACUGGAGGCCACAUGCAGUUGGGCUACGACAGGGGAGACUUCAUCAGCUAUGACCCGGGAACGCGCACCUGGAUAGCAGCCCCCACACAGGCCCAGCGCACCCAGCACACCUGGAAUGAGGAUAGGGCCCUUCUUCAGGAUACAAAAGCCUACCUGGAGGAGACCUGCGUCGCGUGGCUGCAGCAGUACCUGCUGCAGAGCAAGCAUCCCGUGGCACAGGUGAGCGACAGGCCAUCCCAGGAUGGACGCACCACCUUGUCCUGCUGGGUCCACGGCUUCUACCCCAAAAACAUCUCCGUCGUCUGGCUGAAGAAUGGGGAGGGGCAGACCCAGGAGACGAGCCAUUCAGGGGUCCUUCUUAGUGGAGACGGGACCUACCAGACCUGGGCCACUAUGGAGAUCGACCCGAGCAACAACCACGACUACGCCUGCCUCGUAGAGCAUGCAAGUCUGGGUUUAGUCCUGUGUGUGUCCUGGGACAAGGGCAGGACGGAGUACCACUGGAUGCUGAUUGUGGGCAUUGUUGUUGGUGUUGUGCUCAUUCUGGUCAUCGUUGUGAUGGGCGCAGCUGUUUUCUUCCUCAGUCUUGUUCUUCUAGAAGGAAGACGAAAACAACAAUGAAGUACCCGUGACCAAGGAGGACUUUGACAUGCAGGACCCAGUGCAGAUCUACCGCCUGUGGGAGCAGGUCGGCUACAACCGCUUCAUCGCGCCCGGGCUCCACGUGCUGCUGGGCGGCUUCUCCUCCGGCCACGUCCAGCUCAGCAAGUGCAAGGAGGAUACGAUGCAUGAGGACCCCCCAGCACCGCUCAGCUCUGCGCAGCCCCCUCCUGCCACGGGACCGGCCCAGUGGGAUCCCGGGGCAGAGGCAGCACCGGCAACACCCGAAACCCUUGCGUUCCUGGCCCGCACGGCACCGAUGGCAGCGUCACUCCUGACAGCAACCACAACCUCACUGUCACCAUCGCCUCUGCUCUCUGUGCAGGAAAGACACGGGAGCAUGGCUCCGCACAGCCCUGGCCACAAAACUUGGCCCCUGCUCACACCCCACAGCCCCCUCCCCUCCCAGGGGAGCCAGGCGUGCGGGCCCCGGCUGCACCCUGCGCCCGCGAUGGGACCUGGUGCCAUUUCGGACUCCCCUUGGUCUCCAUGUCACAGUCCCGCCCCUCGAUCGUGGUCCUGCAUAAAAUCUCAAUUACAAAAAUUGAAAUCUAAAUAGUUUUAAAACAUUCAAAACAAAUUGAUCUCGAGCUUCCAGCGCAAGUUCAGACACUUCAUAAAAAACAU